AUGGAUUUUUUUAUGGUUCGGCGACACACGAUUUCGGUGUUCGUCGGCGAUGAGAGCGGAAUGAUAAACCGGAUUGCCGGCGUGUUUGCGCGGAGAGGAUACAACAUCGAAUCGCUCGCAGUUGGCCUCAAUGAGGAUAGGGCGCUCUUCACCAUUGUCGUGUCAGGGACCGAUAAGGUGCUGCGCCAAGUCAUGGAGCAGCUUCAGAAGCUCGUCAAUGUUUUGAAGGUAGAGGAUCUAUCGAGGGAGCCGCAGGUAGAACGUGAACUGAUGCUCAUAAAGGUGCAUGCGGAUCCGAAGCACCAUGCGGAGUUGAAGUGGUUGGUGGACAUUUUCAGAGCUAAGAUUGUGGAUAUCUCGGAACAUUCGGUGACAAUUGAGGUCACUGGAGAUCCAGGGAAGAUGGCUGCGGUUCAAAGAAAUUUUAGCAAGUUUGGAAUUAAAGAAAUAGCUAGAACUGGAAAGAUUGCAUUAAGAAGGGAAAAGAUGGGUGCAUCAGCUCCAUUUUGGCGGUAUUCAGCUGCUUCUUAUCCAGAUCUUGAAGGAAAAACACCUGUUAAUGCCCUUGUGGGAGCAAAAAAUAUGAAUCCUGUUGCCAAAAAUGAUUCGCCUGUGGGGGGAGAUGUUUAUCCUAUAGAACCUUCAGAGGGUUUUACAGUCAAUCAAGUACUUGAUGCUCACUGGGGUGUACUCGAUGAUGAAGAUGUUAGUGGACUUCGAUCACACACUUUAUCCAUGCUUGUGAAUGAUUCUCCUGGAGUUCUAAACAUUGUUACAGGAGUUUUUGCUAGAAGGGGCUAUAACAUUCAGAGUUUAGCUGUAGGACAUUCAGAAGUUGAAGGACUUUCUCGACUUACAACUGUGGUUCCUGGGACAGAUGAGACAAUUGGCAAGCUGGUGCAGCAACUUUAUAAGCUAGUAGAGCUCCAUGAGGUUCGUGAUAUCACCCACUUGCCAUUUGCUGAGCGAGAAUUGAUGCUAAUAAAAAUUGCUGUAAAUGCUGCUGCAAGGCGUGACGUCCUUGAUAUUGCCAGCAUAUUCCGGGCUAAAGCUGUUGAUGUAUCAGAUCACACAAUAACUCUGGAGCUCACUGGAGAUUUGGACAAGAUGGUUGCAUUGCAGAGAUUGUUAGAACCAUAUGGUAUUUGUGAGGUGGCACGAACAGGACGCAUUGCUCUAAUCCGUGAAUCAGGUGUGGACUCCAAGUACUUGCGUGGAUAUUCUUAUCCCCUAUGA